AUGCCUGGGCUGGGUUCUCCCAACGCUGACUACCCGGAAGUGAACGAAUACUUCCCCGAUUUUGGUUUCGAGAAACUCGCUAUUCCACCACCAGGCUAUGAAUUGUAUCGUUUCCCGGACACCACACAUUUACGCAACCGUGCUCUUGACAUAGACACGCUCAAGAAGCUGGUAAACCAUCAUACAUGGGGUUUCUCACUCCCCACAAAAAAGCCUGAAAAGCAAGAAGGGAAAAAGAAGAAAAAGGAACAAGAGAAGAAAAGCAAACCCGGGAAACCACAGAAGCCCCAGAUACCACGGAAAACGAAAGAAGAUUUACUUCAGGUUUUAAAGCGAAUUUCAUACAACCAGGAUCCCCGGCUUCGUAGCGAUUGGCAUCAUUUUGUCAGCCGAGACUGUGACGCUGGGCCCAGACUUUUACGCCCAUCGUACAACCCGCCAUUGUUUAGUAGAAGGAUGCCCAGGGGAGACCCGAACUGGGAGUUUGCACUUCCGCCCGAAACACCACAGGUUCCUCCUCAAUGGUCAACGCCCCCUAGAGACCCUGUCUUUCAUAGACAUCAUCCCGGUACAAACUUUCCUUCUCGCCCGAGCUAUAUGCCCGCUCAAUUCAACAUGAUGGCUCAAAGCCCGACUAGAUUAAGACAAAGCCCAGGGUAUGGUGUCCCAAACGGUUUCCCUAACCCUGGACGAGCAGGCAAACAAUGGGGUGAUGAAUACUACCAGAGAUAUCAAACACCAAGUCAUAAUCGGAUAGACGGCGCACCACAAUUUAUGCCAGGUCAAACUGGUAGUCCACCCAGAUGGAGCACCUCGCAUAGCGCUUACGGCCUUUUGAACAAUCAUUCUCCCAAGCAAACUCCGCUAGCACAGCUUCACUACACCAAACCCUCUAUAACUGGCCCAAUCAUAGGGGCAACAACGCUAUCAUUUCUAAGACUAAGGGUAUCCGAGGACCAAACCCGACUCUCCUUCGAUGCUGGUGGAGAGUUAUAUCCCCUCAGAUGCCGUGGCCCUAUGUCCUGUAAUGGGAGUUCGGAUAUAUUCGACUGCAUUAUUGUUUCAGGGCUGUUGACCAACGCUGGAUCCACUACAGUCGAUAAGAGAGCCAGCCGUGAACGACUGGCAGUAUUAACUCCACCUGAGAAGGCGUUUAUAAGUGCUAUGGGCGAUUGUUUAAACAGUCAGUUAUCCGAUGAGGUAGUUUCAACAGUUAAAGAGAGGCUGUGGGAUGUCUAUGCCCAGCACUACAAACUAGAUCCUCACUCGGUUGGUAGAUUAGUGAUGGACCCAGCCAAUAUCUGGACAGCUCUCACCAAGUCUUUCCGACAAUUUCAUCUCUGUUAUACCGACCAUCAACAGCCUUGUGGUCACCACGGUGGAUCAGUAAACAGUGUACUACAUCGAGAAUGUGUUGCCAGUCUGUGUUAUCAACUAAAUGAUAAUGACGGUGUAGACCUUUCUGUUCUCUUGCAGCGCGUCUUCCAAGGUGGUACAAUCAUUACUUGUGCUCAAUGUGAUAAUUCAUGCUCAAGAAAUUAUCACCGGACAUUUGAAUCCGCCCCUCUUCGUCUUGUUAUUCGGCCCCAUCAGCAAACAAAGAUCCGCAACUCUUGCUCUCCCGCGAUAACAGUACGGCUAACCAGAACUACCGGCGAGGUAGUAAACGAACAGUAUAAGUUCAUUGGAGGCAUACAUGAGAUGCGGAACAACGGUGACACGCGUCACAGAUUGCGAUGGGUUGACAAAGACCAGGAAGCUAAUGGCGAUCGGCGGACACAAAUCUAUGACGCAGGGCAGAUAUCGGGCAUGAUUCCGGGAGGUAUAAAGCCGCAAGAUCAAUGUGAGAUUGCACCAAGCUCAUGGUGGGUUGAUGGCUUUCCGGUACUACUAUUUUUCGAAAACAUUAUACACCCACCAAAAGAAACAUUAGCUCCUCCGUCGAGGGCCUCACAGCCAUCCCAGUAUCCUAACCUUUCUCCAGGACAUCCUAGCAAUGGAACUAUAAUCUCCAUUCGCGAAUCAAAGAACAACGGCGAUUCUCCUAGUAACAAAACACUCUCGCCGUCGAAGGAGAAGCAGCCAAAGCCGCCUGUCCAUGCAAUAGGGAUAGGGGCACUGGAUAGACGAAAGACUCUCGUCUCUUCAGCUCGACGAAAACCUAAGCCUACUAGCCGACCAAAGAAGAGAGAUCAAUUUGAAACCGAUCCAGCUGCAUCUAACCUCGUUGUAGCCCCCUACAACGCUAACGAUGAAGGUUCACCACUUUCAAUCCGGGGUUCGGCUACUACUCCUACAGUGGAGGCAUCUAUCUGCCCUGAUAGUUCAUCGUCAGUUCAUGCUGGUACAUCCACUAACGGUAACACGAAUUCAACUGUUGGACCAACCCCUAGGAUAGCUACGAUAACUUAUAUGCACCCAAACUAUAGGCCGGGUGCGGUUCCAGACGGGUACCACCAGGUUAACGCCCAUCAAGAUAUCCCUAAUAUCCCUAAUGCAGUGAUACCCGCGUUCAAUGCUUCUGCUGUCCAGCUUACUCCCAAUGUUCAUGGGUCAGGUCCAGAGCUAGCUGGAAGCUACCAAGCUAACACAUAUGAACCGGUUCACGAUCCGUGUUCGGAAGUAACUACAUUCGAUAUCGCCAACAUUCAACACCUGGCAAACUAUGUGUCUAGUUCAGGGACUCCAAGCAAUGACCGAACCACUACCCACCAAGGCGUGAACAGUCCGAUCAUUGUUGACACACCCCCUGAGCAGAACCCAACGGAAGCCGGAAACCCACAUAUUGCUUCUAGUGCCGAAGGACAACCCAAUUUUCUCACGAUAAACCCCCAUGACUUACUCUUCGACCCUGCGAUUACUGCUGAUGAUGUAGGACUACGCCCGGAGGUACCUGUCGAAGCACAGGUGGCAGAAGACGGUAAUGCAGAUACAACUUUAAUAGAAGGACUCGUUCAGGGAGACCUUGGGACAGCUAACCUGCCGUUUGAUGACUUCAUACACCACAAUGAUAGCCUGUACUCUUCUAACCUAGCGCUUCCAUAUGCAGAUUCACCCAUACAUCCACUUCCGCCUUCAGACAAUUUCCUUGACUUCUCAGGCCAGGUCAACAGUAUCGGACCAGGGCAAUGUACAGCAGCAAACAUGGAGACUGCCUUAGCGGACAAUGAAUGGCUGGCCCAGUGGGGUAUCACCAGCACGAGUACGGGUGCAUGCGAGACAAGCCUAACCGAAGAUACAGCCCCAGAGCCCUCGACGGGAACUGAUGCCGCUGGCAGCAAUAGUCUGAAGAGGAAGAGAGAUGAGUCCGAGAGUGAACAGUAG